AUUGCGUAAUCAUCUCUGGAUCAGGAUUGUCACUUGCUUCAUUGUAAGUAAAUGGGAAGAAAAUGUGUGCACAUUGUAAAGAGAUGCAUUAUUCUUUGGUGAGCAACACGCCACUUACUACAACGUUAUGUAUUUUUCAGAGUUAUUGUUAGCUAGGAGGAAGACAUGGAGGGUUCAACGCUGACACAGAGGAGGGCUGAGUGUCAGUUGAAGGAAAGGGAGAUCCAGACAGACUACAUGAUGGAGCUGGGAGACAGGUUGGCUCUGGUGAGACAGAUCCAGAGGGAGCAGGAGAAGGAGAUGAAGAGGAUUUGGUUUGAGACGAGGAAAAUGCCAAGCCUGAUUGAGGAGAAUGUGAGAGAUGUGACCAACCGUCCACUCACUGAGUUCAUGGCUCCCUGUAUUGACUCCCUCCCACCGCUGGCUAUCACCAAUCGGAGGCCUAUACCAACCAUGUUACAUCCCCCCUCUCCAUUGGCCAUACGCGCUCAGGAUGCACAGCGGUUCAUUGUAUUUUCAUACUUUGUCCCUGCUGAGUGCCCAGUUGCCACAGAGGCCACAGCAGAUGUAUCUACUGGUAAAAGAGAGGACUUAUUGACAGAUACACAUCUUUCCUCAAUGCUGCAUCGAUACCUGCCACACUUCUUCAACGAUGACUCCAUUCCACCACAGCAGACAGUAGAGGGAACCACUGAGCUCUCAGUUCCAGUGGCAAUAUCUAAUAUAAAGGAAGAGGACAGAUUCUAUCCUUUCUCCCUCCCACCACUGGCUCAGCGGUUCGUUGGCAAUUCAUUCAUUGUCCCGGAAACCUCCCAGCCUGCUGUUUCAGCCACAGAGUGCCAAGUUGCCAAAGAGGCCACUGCAGACACAGCCACUGUCAAGAGAGAGAACCGAUGGGCAGCCAGAAGUCUUCCUUCAGUGCUUCCUCCAUGCCUGCCACCAGUCUUUGACGAUGACUUCAUGCCUCCAGAGCAGACAGUCGAGGAUGCCUAUGAGGUCUCAGGUGCUACAGAGAACACUUCAGGCACAGCUACUGUUGCCAUUUACACUUGGGAAGAUAAAAGUCCUUCAGUUCUGCCAUGCAUCCACAACAACAAUGACCACCAACUGCCAGAGGAGACAGUUGAGGACAACACAGAGUGCUCAGUUGACACCGAGGCAAGUGCAGUUGCACCCACUGUCAAGAGAGAGGAACUGACAGGUGAUAAAAGCCCUGUCCGAGCAAUUCCUCCAAUCCUGGGAUGCAUCCAUGACAAGGACCACAAGGAGCCAGAGCAGAAAGUGAAGGGCCCUAGUGAAGAGGUGGAUCUCUGCCCUCACACUCACCAGCUGGACCCAGAUGUUAACUUAACUCUGGCAACCCACAAUGAUGAACCCAGGACCUGGACCCUGGAAGAGGCAAAGGAUUAUUGGAUAGGCAUUGAGAGUGAAGAGAGGAACGUCAAGGAGGAGGUGAGACAGAGGGAGGGAUUGAAGCGUGAGGUGGACUGUGCCCAUUCCAAGAGCUCCAAUGGGAUGGUUUCAGCAGAGAGAGCAGAGACCAUCCUUGGAAGAGUGGGCUUUCUGGUCAUGAACCACAUGCAGAAAAUCCCAUUUUUGAAGAUGAAGGAAAAAGAGAAAAAUAAGAAACUGCAUAAGAAGUUGAAAGAUGACGAGAAAGAGAGAAAGGAGAAGAAAAACAAGGAGGAGGAGAACAAAAAGAGGGAGAAGAAAGAGAUGAAUGAGAGAGAGAAAGAGCAGAAGAAAGUCAUGAAGGCUGAGAAAAAGAGGGAGAAGUUAGAACAGAAAAAGAGAGAGAAGGAAAGAAAAGAGAAGGAAAAGGCAGAGAAAAAGAGGUUAGAGGGGCUGAUGAAGAUACAUAAUGACAUGAUGAAAGACAGGAUUAAGAAAGAGAAGAAGUGUUCUGAGGAGCUGAAAAAGAGAGAGAAAGCUCAAGCUGAGUUCUUGGAGAUGGAGAGAAAGAUUCAAGAAAAGGAGGAGAAGAAGAGAGAAAAGAUGAGGAAAGAGGAGAGGAAGAGACUAGAGAAGAAGAAAAAGAGGGAGCCAGCUGGAGGUGGAACUGAGAGGGUGAUAGAAGAGCAGGGAAAGGAUGAAAGCUUGAAGAUGGAUGAGUAGACUGGAUAUUAGAGAGAGAGAGCAGGGCGGGAUACUGUAUUUUUGCCUGCAAUGAAAAAUGCAAUAAAUAAAAUCUAAAAAAGA